UCUGGACAAGAUAACGCAUAUUUACCAUUUUGCCCUGUUCCACUUGCGCGUGAUUUGGUGCCUAAGCGAUUGAUUAGUGUUAUAGGCUAGGAUUAGUAGUACUAAUGCUUUGCCUCUUCAUACACAUGAUGACAUGCUAGUGCAGUACUGCUGGCUGGCGCCUGCCUUCCUAUAUAAACCAACACCCUCACCUUGAUCCUUCCUCCCACCUCACCAGUCACCACACCACGUCUCUCAUCCUCUCUUCUGCUUCUCACUGCCACCUCACUCACUGCAGUGCAGGCUGAGCACACACUGGUUGGCAGGAGGCACAGAUUAUAUUGUUCUCGGCUUCCGUGGAGGUGAUGGGGUGGUGGGGGUGGGCGGCGGCGGCGGCCGCGGCGGCGGCGUGGGUAGCUGUGAAGGUAUUGGAGGUGCUGUGGUGGCGGCCGCGGCGGGUGGAGGAGCACUUCGCGCGGCAGGGGAUCACGGGGCCGAGAUACCGGUUCCUGGUGGGUUGCGUGCGCGAGAUGGUGGCGCUCAUGGUGGCCGCCUCCGCCAAGCCAAUGCCGCCCCCCUACCGCUCCCACAACGUCCUCCCCCGUGUGCUCGCCUUCUACCACCACUGGAAGAAAAUCUACGGUUCCACGUUCCUGAUAUGGUUCGGCCCGACGCCGCGGCUGGCCAUCGCCGACCCGGAGCUGAUCCGGGAGGUGCUCCUGGCGCGCGCCGACCGCUUCGACCGCUACGAGUCGCACCCCAUGGUACGGCAGCUGGAGGGCGAGGGCCUCGUCAGCCUCCGCGGCGACAAGUGGGCCCACCACCGCAGGGUGCUCACGCCGGCCUUCCACAUGGACAACCUCCGCCUCCUCCUCCCCUGCGUCGGGAUGACGGUCCUCGACAUGGCCGACAAGUGGCGCGCCAUGGCCGAGGCCGACAAGUCCGGCGAGGUCGAGAUCGACGUGUCCGACUGGUUCCAGGUUGUCACGGAGGACGCCAUCACGCGAACGGCGUUCGGCCGGAGCUACGAGGACGGCAAGGUCGUCUUCAAGCUCCAGGCGCAGCUCAUGGCCUUCGCCUCCGAGGCUUUCCGCAAGGUCUUCAUCCCCGGAUACAGAUUCUUGCCGACCAAGAAGAACACGAGCUCGUGGAAGCUGGACAAGGAGAUCAGGAAGAACCUGGUGACGCUGAUUGGUCGGCGGCAAGAGGCGGGUGACGACGAGAAGCUCGACGGCUGCGCCAAGGACCUCCUCGGUCUAAUGAUCAACGCCGCCGCCAGCAGCAACGGCGGGAAGAGAUCGGCGCUACCGGUGAGCCCCAUCACAGUAAACGACAUCGUCGAGGAGUGCAAGACAUUCUUCUUCGCCGGCAAACAGACGACGUCGAACCUCCUGACAUGGGCCAUCGUCGUACUCGCCAUGCACCCGGAGUGGCAGGAGCGCGCUCGCCAAGAGGUCCUCGACGUCUGCGGCGCUGACGGCGUCCCCUCUCGCGAGCAGCUUGCCAAGCUCAAAACGCUCGGGAUGAUCCUGAACGAGACGCUGCGGCUGUACCCGCCGGCGGUGGCGACGGUGCGGCGCGCCAAGGCGGACGUGGAGCUCGGCGGUUACCUGCGGAUCCCACGCGACACGGAGCUGCUGAUCCCAAUCAUGGCCGUGCACCACGACGCGCGGCUGUGGGGGCCCGACGCGGCGCAGUUCAACCCGGCGCGGUUCGCCGGAGGCGUGGCCCGGGCGGCGAGGCACCCGGCGGCGUUCAUACCGUUCGGCCUUGGGGCACGGAUGUGCAUCGGGCAGAACCUCGCCAUCCUGGAGGCGAAGCUGACCGUCGCCGUCAUCCUGCAUCGGUUCGAGUUCCGGUUGUCGGCCAGAUACGUCCACGCGCCGACGGUGCUGAUGCUCCUCCACCCGCAGUACGGGGCGCCCAUCGUCUUCCGGCCCCGCUCAUCAUCCCAACCAACCUGUGAAAAGAUGAACCCGCUAACCAGCAGCUAGCCGUGUCAGUGUCAGGAUGUCGUUGCUCUCACACUCUCUCUAUCCAUCCGAAGAGGGAAGCAGAGAGAUCGUAGGACCAAGUUGUAGCGAGAGAAUGACUCACAAUUAAAGAAACGAAGAAGAAGAAGCAUCUUUUACUGUACUAACAAUAAUUAACCUGCCUGCAGACGAUGAGGAUCCAUGCAUCAGCAGCAGCAGCAGCAGCAGCAGCUUAGAUUAGGAUAGGAGUUUAGAGGCCUUGAGCUGGCUGUAUGACUGUAUCUCCCAAUUUUUUUUUGUCUGCAUUCUAGUUUGAUGAUUUCUUCCUUGGAUUGGAGGGAGGGUUUUGGUGAUCAGUUUGGUGUAUGAAAUGAAAGAUUGCAAAGUGUACACAUGCCAUGUCCCCAUUUGUUCCUGAA